UCUGUCCUCCAUCUACAUUUUCAGUCUUCUUAAAACAAUUUUCUUAACACUCUUACUUUGUGUCGCACGCCGUCCUUGAAGCUACUACCCAAUUGCCACAUUCUACGCUAGGUUACUAUAGUCAAAAAUGGCAACGUACACACUCUCUAUUGUGGUUUACGGGGCAGGCGACGAUCCCAAAAACCGGUCCCAUUGGUCGCUUGUGUUUCAUAGUGCUGGAGCAGACAGAGGCAAUCUCUUGCAGGUCUCACUUAUAGAUCGUGACCGCCUUUGGUACCAAUUCGAUCAACGCGACGACGUCACCAUUCUUAGUCAAAGCGCCGAGGGCCGUUUUCAGAUCGCCACUAUUCCUGCGAACCGAUAUGCGCAAGCUAGCAAGGUUAUUUGCAAUGAGCCUCCCCCGAGGAAUGGUAAAGACCGAUGUCAAGAUUGGACGCUGAAUUGCAUAGUUGGUCUUGAAGCUGACGAAUUGAUCCCUGACGGGACUUCUGCGUGGGUUGACGGACUUGUGGGAAAGUCGGCUACGGAACUGGCACAGGCAUUAGGAGGACGAUGGAUUGCCAAUAGGAGAUAGAGGGAAUAUGUCUUGCGCAGAA